CAGAGCAACAGAAGAAGACGAACCGAAUAUUCGAAUUUAGGGCUCAAAUUAUUCACCCACCGAUCGUUUCCUUCCACCGGAGCACCCAACCAUAAUUUACAACCACUCUCUCUCUCUCUCUCUCUCUCUCUCUCUACCCCGCUUGGUGCCUAGGACAUCUAGAAAGACCAUUAGUGCAGAAGGCUACCAACCAUAUCAAAGUUGUCGUUUCUUUUGAUACAUUGAUCAUGAAGUAUUUGGAAUACACUCCUCUUGACCGUAUUAAUGAUUUCUUAAGUCACCUGGAUCUUGGAGAGCGUACCAUCAAAGGAUGCCUUGAAGCGUACUCUUGCAAACACACGGGAACCGACAAGAAGUUGUCUCUCAGUUUGGAGCAUGAGAUUCUUGAUUAUCUUGGGAAGUCAUCAGAUGCCGACUCUUCAUCUCCAGUUGAAUAUAUGUGUAGCAAAUCAAGCCGAAAGACGUUGAUGUACCUGAUUCUUACUCUCUAUCACAUGUAUCCUGAUUUUGACUUCAGUGCAGUGAAAGCUCACCAGUUUUUCACAGAGGAAAGCUGGGACUGUUUUAAGCAGAUAUUUGAUGCCUACAUGUUUGAAGUAUCAAAGGAGUGGGCUGAGGCAAAUGAGGGAUGUCCCCUACUUGACACCUUGUAUAAGGCUUUAGAUGAGGUUGUGAAGCUAGAAGAAUGUGAGAUUUACAGUUACAAUCCAGACUCAGAUGCAGACCCAUUCCUCGAGAGAGGAGCAAUAUGGUCAUUCACUUUCUUCUUCUAUAAUAGAAAGCUUAAGCGUGUUGUGAGCUUCCAUUUCAGCUGUUUGAGCAAUUUGGUGGCUGAGGGUUUUCUUAUGGAGGAGGGAUCAUGGUCCGAGGAAGGAGAAAUAUUUGACGACAUGGACAUAUAAGUCCAGUUUCUCUGUACGAUGUUAAUAUCUUGGAAACGCCUCUCUAAUCCAGCCGUAGUUAUGUAGCUAAACCCACUGCUUUGGAAGGCAUGUGGAUGUAUAUGUUUGUGAAGGUUGCAACUGCUUGUUGAUUCCUGUCCUGGAAUGAUGUUCGUGUUAGUGUUCUCUAGAUGAUGUUCAUGCUUAGGAAUAAAUUCAGUGCAAUUUAGUUUGUUUGUUUC